GCUGUACCUGUUCUGACACUCCAAUGAUAUACUCACACAUUCAGACCACGAGAAGUCGACUUCAUUGCAGCCCAUUGGUCUCGUAGUUUGACUCGUUGGAGCUCUGUCAUCUAACGCGUCCAGCAAGUCCAUCGCCCGGGCCCGAUGGCUCUUACCCCACUACCGGUACCUCGUCACCUCGUCUAGGGCCGGGAAUGAGAACCGCGGGGAACCUCGGCAGCCCAGGGGUUUUCACCUUGGAGCUCCAAUGACACUUCGAGCCUUAUAGAGCUGUCCCUCAAAUCUCACCCUUGCCUUUGGAAUCAUAUACUGCGUAGCAACAUAUCGUCACUUGAGCUUGACUAGCUUCUACACCACAUCAAUCAAUUGAAGACAAGCCAACUACUUUGAGAUCAUCGCCAACAUGUCGGACCGCGUAGCACAAAUCGCAUCUCACCUGAACUACCCCAAGGGUAUGCUCGCCGGCCAAGUCGCCAUCAUCACCGGCAGCGGACAGGGAAUCGGCGCCGAAGCAGCGCGCCUCUUUGCCAACGAGGGCGCAAAGGUUGUCGUCUCCGACAUUGACGGCAAAAAGGCACAGCAAGUCGCAGACAGCAUCACCGCCGCAGGCGGCCAAGCCAUCAGUGUGCCCGGCGACAUGCUCUCAGCAGACUACAUCACCACCCUCGUCGCCAAAGCAGCAGAGUUCGGCGGCGGCAAGAUCCACCACAUCGUCAACAACGCCGGCUACACCUGGGACGGCGUCAUCCACAAGAUGACGGACAAGCAGUGGGACACCAUCAUCGCGCUGCACUCCACGGCCCCCUUCCGCCUCGUCCGCGCCGCGGCGCCCUACUUCCGCGUCAAGGACGGCGAGAACCGCUGCGUCGUCAACAUCAGCUCCACCUCGGGCGUCCACGGCAACGCGGGCCAGGCCAACUACGCCAUGGCGAAAGCCGGCGUCACGGGCUUGACCAAGACGAUUGCCAAGGAGUGGGGGCCUGCGUUUGGUGUUAGGGCGAAUACCGUUGCGUUUGGGUUCAUUAAGACGCGGUUGACGGAUGCCAAGGAGAAGGGUGCGUUUAUUACCGGGCCGGAUGGUGAAAAGAUUGCGCUGGGGAUCCCGCAGGCGCAGAAAGCGGCUGGGGCGGCUGAGCAGGAUGCGCAUGCUGAUAUUCCGCUACGGAGGCCUGGCUCGCCUACUGAGGCGGCUUCUGCGGUGCUUGCUGUUGUUAGUCCGCUGUUUAGCUAUGUGAGCGGCCAGACGAUCAUGGUGACUGGUGGCCGGAACAUGUAA